AAAGGUCUGAAGAUGAAGAAGCUGAGACAUUUGAAGAGUCUGACGAAGAAUUCGACAUAUUUGGUGAACUUCCUGAAAUAGAAUUAUUUAAAUUUAAUAAAGAAAAUUAUAUUAACGCACAAAUAACACUUGAAAAUGAAAUUGUAAAUCAGUUAAUUCCUUCGUCAUUACCAUUAUCUUCGACAACACUUGUGGAAGAAGUAAAUGAGUUAUCUUAUAUACUUGACCUAACUAUAUAUAAAAAUUUUUCACCUUGUGUUUUAAUUGAUUAUUUCAAUAAUAAAUUACAAAUAUGUGGUCAAACAACAAAUGUUAGAAAUAUAUGCCAUUGUGAACUUGGAUGUAAAAAUCAUUUAUGGAAUAUAUGGAGAAAAAACAUUCAAAUUCCAUGUAUCGGACUUUAUACAUGUGAUGCCAUAUAUAAAUACCAAGGCAUCUCUAAAAUAGUUUUUGAUGAUGCCUCAACAGUUCGGUACAUUUGUAAUAAUUGUUAUGAAUCUUAUG